CCUUCCCCCAACACCAGACUAUGGCUUGAACAGGACAAUUCGAGCUCUGCUUCCGCAACAUUGCAACCUUAGCCAAGAUCGGGCCGCCAUCGCGAGAACAGAAUAUCUUUCCUCUGCCAGGCACCACAUGGUGCUUCCAGAUUUCCCACAUAUGACCAUCCGUCCGUUCGAAGCGCGGGUUGUCAGGAUGGCGAUGCCUGGAGAAUGGGCCUGCUCCCGGCUUGUCUAUAAGAAGUUGCCUCCUUCCAGGACACCACAGCCAAAUCUCUAGAUUUUCCAUCGCGUCGCUCUUUUCGUCAAGAUGAAGUGCACAGCUCUCUUUGGCCUCACCGCCCACGUUGCGGCCGUCUCUGCUGGGACGGUGCUUUGGGAUGGCAGGUUCAACGACUUCACAGCGUCGACCGACCUGGAAAAAUGGUCAUGGGGAAAUCAGGUCGGGCCAUACCAGUAUUAUAUCCACGGGUCGUCUGCCGUCGCAUCCUACGUCAACCUGUCCCCUUCGUUCAAGAACCCGGCCGACUCGGGCUCCAAGCAGGGCGCCAAGAUCACGCUGGACAACACGGCGUACUGGAAUGGCCAAAACAUGAGGCGAACAGAGCUAAUUCCACAGACCACCGCUGCCAUCAAUCAGGGCAAGGUCUACUACCACUUCUCCUUGAUGCGCAAAGACGUUAACGCGCCAGCAACCACGCGCGAGCACCAGAUCGCUUUCUUCGAGAGCCACUUCACCGAACUCAAGUCGGGGUGGCUGUCCGGCGCUGUCGGCAUCUCUGAUCCGCUGCUGCGAUGGUGCAUCGGCGGCCAAACGCAGUGGAGCACCGAAUGGAGCGCCGGCGUCUGGCACAACGUUGCCUAUGAGAUUGACUUCGCCGCUGGCACUGUUGGUUUCUGGCACUCCACCGGCGGUGAUGCUCUAGCCCAGACAGUGGCCCCAGUGAAGGCGAGCACUAGCAGCAACGGAGCUGAUUGGCACGUUGGUGUCUUGGAGUUGCCUCGAGAUGGCUACCCAGAUUCCACCGAGGACUAUUUCUGGUCGGGUGUUUAUAUCGAGAGCGGAAGCUUGACCACAUCUGUUGCUGGCCCUGGCGCACCACCGGUCGACAAUGGUGGAAGCUCCAGUUCCAGCACUAGCAUCAAAUCGAGCACCACGAGUUCCAUAUCCUCAACCCCCACAACCCUCAUUACAUCGACAUCCAGCAAGACUCAAGUAACAGCCAUUAGCAGCUCUACACCGGUCACUACGACAUCUAGCAAGACUCAGGUAAUAACCACUAGCAGCUCUGCACCGGCCACCACAACUUCCAGCAGCGGUUGCACAGCGUCUCAGUGGGCUCAAUGUGGUGGCAAUGGUUUCAGUGGCUGCACAUCAUGUGCGUCGCCAUACAAGUGCAAGUACUCGAAUGACUGGUACUCUCAAUGCCUAUAACAAUGUUUUGUCGUCGUCAACUAGUACACAUCAUGUAAAUAGACACUUCAAUUCUUCUCGUCCACACUUCUUUCUUUCCGCAUAUCGGUAGUUUCCGAUCCAUAGUAUGCAAGGUUAUCAUAUCCCUGACCUGCUCGUUGAACCGCGCUCAACUCCACCCUAGGCCGUUCGGGUCGUGACGCAAAAUUCCUGCGCUUUCGGGUGGGUGCCGGCCUCGAGCUGGACUUCGGGAGCGAAGCCUAGAUUGAGGCCGAGCCGAGCACCACGUCGUGCUUUCCCGUGGAUCCUGUCAGCUUGAUCUGGCGCGGUACCAGCGUCUCAUGUUCACCGCCUGUGCCUUCCAUCUUGAGCAUGUUCUUUCGAGUCCAAGUUUUUGCCCAGCGAAUUCCGGCCAACGGCCAU